CGUGACGUAGGAGGUCUCGCGCUUGGACGGUUCGCGGGAAACGGUCCCAAAACAAAUCGGGUUCUGCGUUCAGCACGCGAGCGGCUUCGGGCGGAACUUUGAACUCAUCGAUCAAUCAGCUCGGUCACAGCUGAUUAACGGCAGCGUGUCCUUCAAACGCGGGACUGUAACACGCACGUUAACGACUCUUCGGCGGCGAAGGAUCAACUCUGAACGCAACGAGCUAGUGACGUUAGCUAGCUGCUUGCUUUAGGGAGCUCGGGCUAACGCGGUCGGCGGGCGCUAAGCGUGUUAGCACCGGUCGGCGGUCUCCGGCUUUACCCGGGAGCUAACGGCUGUCCGGACAGUCAGCGGCGGGCACACGGCGAGCAGGGUUUGCGGUGAACGGUGCGUGAAAUGGCAGAGAGGCCAGAAGAUCUGAACCUUCCCAACGCGGUGAUCACCCGCAUCAUCAAGGAGGCGCUCCCAGACGGGGUGAACGUGUCGAAAGAAGCGAGGAGAGCCAUAUCCCAAGCUGCCAGUGUGUUUGUGUUGUACGCAACGUCCUGUGCAAACAACUUCGCCAUGAAAGCUAAGCGGAAAACUCUGAAUGCAGGAGACGUCUUGGCUGCGAUGGAGGAAAUGGAGUUUGAGCGAUUCCUCGAGCCUCUCAGAGAAGCUUUGGACGUGUAUAAGAAGGGCCAGAAAGGAAAGAAGGAGGUGUCUGAGCAGAAGCGCAAAGAUAAAGAGAAGAAGGCCGACUCUGAGAACGAUAAGAGCCGGGAGGAAGAGGAGGAGGAAGAGGAGCGCAUGGAGGAGGAGCCUGAAGCUGAGAACGAAGCAGAGGAGGAGGAGGUGGAGAACUGAUGAGAUUCUGAUGAACGAUGAAAUGCACUCCCAUCACCUCCUGAGUUUAUCACUGGCUGGACGUGAUGCGUUCAAGUGACGCGUGGUCUUUACAGAGUGAAUCAGUACAUGCAGGUUUACAGUGCAGCAGCAUCGUGACGAGCUCAUAAGAGGUGAGGUUACAUUUAUUUGUGGCGGUGCAGCUGCUGUCUUCCAACUUGACAACAAAGAAAGUACAAAGACAUCUCUACAUCACGCACUUCAUGAUUACUUUGUCUUGGUCCAUUUUGUAUUUUUAAUAAUUUUUUGAUGUUUUGUUAUUUUCUGUAACAUGAUUUUUUUUUUUUUUUACAUAAAUACAGUAGUUAUUGUUCAGAAUCAGCUGAUUCUGGCUCACUGAACUAAAACACUCUGGUGAGUAACCUUUCCGGUUUACCACUGGAGGGAGUGAGAGUACAGGCAGUUGUCCAGUUAGGCUUGUCUGAAACGUUACUGCACCUCUUGUACCUUCAAAUUAAUUCAUAUAAACCCAUUUUUUUUUUUAUUUAACCAAAGAAUGUUAACUGUAAACACAAGAAAGCAGAACAAGAACUAGUAAAAACACAGUGCGUGAUUUAUCAAAUUUAGAUUUAAAUCAGGAACUUCUUGAUCAACAAAUAAAGAAAACCAUAAAUUUGAUUCUAGCUUUUGGAACAAAAAUCACUCACUAGUUGUUUUUUUGGUGUGUACCACAAUAUGGUGCGUUUUCCUCCCGAACUACUACACAAAAUACCAGAAACAAAUGCCACACUUGUAACCGCUAAAUGUGAGAAAUGCCUAGUUGGAAGCGUGAUCCUUUGAGAUCAGUUUCACGCCUAAAAGACACUGAUUGCUGUAAUGAACUGUUGUGUUGGACCACUUUACUUCAUACCUUGUAACAAUAGCUGCACUAGUGAAUGUAGCUCCUGUUCUUAAAUCUGCUGAGUUUUGAUCCAUUUAUACUUUUGUAGGUAUUGUAUACGACUGGCUGAGAGUUUGAAUAAAUAUUUUGUAUUAAAAAAAAAA